CAAAAUGGCGGCUGCUCUCGUAAAGGCGGCGCGGCCUGUGUUUGCCUGCGCGCGGAGAAAUGCCUUUCCUUCGCUGAGCGCCUGUUUCACAACACAUGGGGGAGGUGUCAGCAGGUUCAAACGUUUGGUUUGCCUGAGUUUUAAAUACAGCAGCAAGGCUGAGGAUUGUAAACGGGGCGGACAGAUUUGUAUUCCUAUGGGUCGCCUGAGCGUCACCUACAGUCGGAGCAGCGGAGCGGGCGGUCAGCACGUGAACAAAGUGAACACAAAAGUAGAAGUCCGGUUUCACGUACAAACCGCCGACUGGAUUCCGGAGGAAGUCAGGAACAAAAUCCUUUCUCAGAAUGAAAAUCGCAUCAACAAAGCAGGAGAGUUGAUGGUUACAUCAGAGGCGAGUCGAAGUCAGCAGCGGAACCUGAGUGACUGUUUGCAGAAGAUCUCCGACAUCAUUGCGGAGGCGAGCCGGAGACCACGCGAGCCCACCGCGGAAGAUCUCGCCCUCAGGAAAUCAAGGCUGGAGUACUGGAACAAGGAGAGGCUCAAACAGAAGAAGAUCCAUUCAGCACUGAAGCAGAGCAGGAAGGUGGAUUUUGACUGAGAGGAACAGAAUUUCUAUGGAGCGCACUACCUCAUUUUAUGCCUUAAUAUGGACCUCCUGACCAUAUUCAGUGUUUGCUGGAAAACAUGACAUGGGACAUUGUAAAAUUUGCAAUCAUAAGAUUACACAAGAAGGUAGAAGGGUGCUGUUAUUUAACAGGUCAGAGUAACUACAGGUGCUCUUCGCAGUAGUAAUUAAAAGAAUUAAAGCUUGAAUUCACUGGUUUAGAAUCGGUCUCGCGAUGGAAUUAAACGUGGCAGACCAUAUUUGACAAUUUGCUAAAAUGGAAAGUGAAAGCUGUUCUCUUUGUGUGUAAAUAUAUAAGCAUCAGUGCUGUAUUCACUAUUUGUAUAUGCUCUGUAUCAGUUAUAAAUAUUUAAAAAAUAUGUUGUCUGUUGUUUUUUCUAAGGAGAAUGGUGCACUAGUUCGUGUGUUUUACUCACUUCCUAUUCAUAAAGGCUUGUCCAGUGCAUGGCGCAGCGGUCCGGAAAUUAUCUUGGGGCUUGAGGAAAGACGCACCCGGGGGCAAGACUCCAACCCCUUGCAGGACGAUCACACACAUUCAA